GUUUUUCCCCCAUUAUUUUUCACUCAUUUCUCAUCUUCCAUUUUAUCAUCAUCAUUCUAUGUGUUUUCAAAAAAGGUUUCCUAUUCAGCUCCUUUCACUCACCAUCUCCUUCUCAUCACUGCUCUUCUUUGACUCUCAGUUUAUCCCAUUUGUUUUCAACUUUCUCUACCAGCGUGACAAUUACAGCUUUUAAUUGUUUUUCUGUAAGAUGUAGUAACUAAUUAUUUAUUACCAUCUCCUGGUUUAUAUAAUUAUUCUUGCUAUUAUAAUUAAGUCAAAAAUUUCUUCCUUUGCUUCUUGUUUUCUCUUAUCUUUCUCCCUUCUCUUACUGUCUAUCUCUCUCUAAGAAUUGCCUCUUUCUUUCACCUUUCCCCAUCUUUUUGCCUCUUUCUCUCUCUGAACAUAAAAAAUAGGAGAUAUUUUGCUGCCUGCUUCUGAUUAUGUAACAAAACCAACCAGGACCAUCUAUCAAUACACCAUCAUCAUCUUCACCUACUCUUAAUACAGUAUUGACCAUUUGUCUAUUCAAUUCAACACUGUUUGCAUUUGUCAACAGUACCAACAACAAGUAAUUUUAUUUAAUGUGUGUUUUUAAGCAUCAGUGACUUAAUUUAGCAACACAUUCACUAAGCAACCUAUUACCACUGUGAAUCAAAAUGGUUAAAACGGGUGACAAAGCUGAGUGGGUUGAAAUCAUCCCAUCAAAGACAACCAAAUUGAUGUAUGCCAACCUGAAAACUGGUGAAUGUUCCUGGGAUCAACCAAAAAACUGUAUCAACAUCCGAAGGAUCAAUGAUCAAACACAACAAUGGUGGGAACUUUUUGAUGUGAAAAGCUCUCGUUUUUAUUAUUACAAUGUUAAUACCUCAGAAACAAAGUGGCAAAAACCUAAGGAAGAAGGUGUUAUCAUCAUACCUUUGGCUAAACUACAAAUAUCAAAACAAAAUUCUCAUUUUACAAAUAAUAGCAACUCUAGUAAAGUGGAUAACUCAACUCAAACAAAUAGUUCAUUUAUAUAUUGUUCUAAUGCAGCAACUCAAACAUCAGUACCAUCUCAUCAUCAUCUUGCUCCUCACCACUCUCACCAUUCAAGACACUGUUCAUCAGGCCAUGCACAUAAUCAUUCAGCCAUUUCAGAAAGAAGUUUACGACAUUACCUUUUAAAUGAGGCUCGUUUUGCUGGCCUUUGUUAUAAUAUCGACGAUAAUUAUUAUGAAGGAAGUGAUGAAGAUGAAUAUGAUGGUGAAGCUUAUGAAGGUUCUUCAGAUGAAAGCUACACUGAUAACUGGGAUGCAGAUGACGAGGAUAAUAAUGAAGGUGAAGAGGAUGAGUACGAGGAAGAAACCGACGAGGAAUCUGAAGAUGUCAUUGAUGGUAGACCAUACCAUCGACGAGAUGACACUGAUACCAGUGAUUAUUACGAGACUUCAUCUUUUGUUUAUUAUAAAAAGUCAGCAUCUUUUACAAGUGGUUUGGGCUCACUGGAUGCUAGUGAUAAACCGAUAAAAUCCAAUGAAGAUAACGCGGGAACUUUGGAAGUCAGAACUGAGAAACGAAAGUCAAGGGAUAAAUCAUCCGAAGUCAGAAACAAUAGUAUUAAUGUUGAGGCAAUGAAAAAUCGAGAAGAGGAGGUUAAAGUUCGCAAAAAGGACAAAAUCAAAGAGAUUAAGCUAAAUGAAAAAGAUGACGAUUCUGAAGUUAAACCAAUUCCACCAAGAAGAGGAAUAUCUUUGGAUUCUUCAAUGAUUCAACAACAAACCAAUGAACAACUAGAAAAGUAUGCCCGAGAAAAUAUUAAACGCCAUCUAAAAAAAGGAGGACUCAAUCAGAUGUUAAAAAGACGACAUUCAUUGAAAGGGAUGCUUAUCUGGACCAAAUUUUCCAUUAAACAACCCAUGAUCGCCACCCUCAUGAAUGAUAAUGAUCUUAAACAAGAAGCAAUUAAUUGUUUCAAACUUAUUCAGCAAUAUUGUGGCGAUAGAGGCAAAGGAAACACUAAAUUAGGUGCUAAAAUUGGGACACUUGUUCGACGCGAGGAAGUGGCUAAAGAGUUGAUCACUAAAGGUGUUGUAAGAGGUCUUUUACUGCGUGAUGAAAUUUUUGUGCAACUUUGUCGACAAACAACGGACAAUCCCUUGGAGGAAAGUUUACAGUUGGGCUUGGAAUUGAUCGCUCUGUGUCUUUACUAUUUUGGUCCUUCCCAGAAAUUCGCUCCCUAUCUUAUAUCAUUUUUGACUAGCCAUAAAAGUGAAUACGCUCGUAAAAUUUGUCUCAAAAAAUUAGACAACAAAAUGGAAUCUUUGGGCGGUUCAAACAAUAGUGUUGGUGGUCAUUGUAGGAAACCAGCUUCCAUUCAAGAAAUAUCUAUGGUAAUUCAGUCAAUUAAGAGAGGUUAUCUUGGAAUGUUUGGCGAAUCGCUAAACAAUUUGAUGACACUGCAAAACAAUUACCUAACUAAAAGAAAGCUACCCUGGAUUCAAGUUACUUUAAGUGAAACAAUUUUACGAUUGGGUGGUGCGGAACAAGAAGGCAUUUUCCGUAUUGCUGGAGACGUUGAAGAGACAACCAUGCUCAAAUUGUAUAUUGAUUGCCUUCAGCCUGACAAAGAGUUAGAGACUGAUUUUAUCGUUCUUUGUAACAAAUGGAAAGGAAUCCUUGGUCAUGAAGGUGAUGUUAAUCUUGAUGUAAAUGUAUUUGCCUGUUUGCUUAAACAAUGGUUUCGAGAGCUUCGGGAACCAGUAAUACCGUACAACUUUUACCAAGAAGCCUUGCAUACGUGUGAAUCACCGCAAAAUGCUGUUUACUUGGUUGAGAAAAAGUUACCUCCCAUCAAUAAGCUGGUCAUUGGCUAUUUAAUACGUUUCUUACAAGUUUUCAGCGCCAAACAAAACGUUGACUAUACAAAAAUGGAUGAAAAUAAUUUAUCCAUGGUUUGGGCUCCCAACAUCCUUCGAGCUCCUCCUAACAGCAAUACAAACUCAUCAAAUUCACCUAAUACAAGUUUAAUCUUUGAAAAUACAAGGAAAGAGAUGACUUUCAUCAGAACAUUGAUCCAAUAUUUGGAUACAAGCUACAUUCAAGGUGUUAUCUAGUCACAAAAAGCAACGAACAUUCACAAAGGAUUCACAAAAUGAAAUUAUCUGAAUCAAUCCAAAUUUCACUUUUUUGUUUAUUAUCUUGGUUUAACCAAAGCUGUACAACUCAUUUAGAAGGAUUCUGAUUCUAGGAGAAAAAUAUAAUUUACUGAAAUUUUUCUACUCUUCCUUAGCAUGAUGUUUAAAGGAGAAAACGAAUCGUGUUGUGUACAAACAAGGAAAUAUCUUUGAACCUGAGAAUAAAACAAUUUCUCAGAAGAUUGCGCUAUUUUCAUCGAUAUUGCAUAAACAUAAUCUAAUCAAGCCUUUUCUCCAAUCUGAUGGAACAAGCUGACAGUUUUAUCUAUUUGCCAAUAGAUUCAACUUGUAUGAGAAUGAAACUAUUUUCUAAACUCAUGACAAUUUACCAGAUCAAUUAUGAAUUAUUCGGAAUUAUACAAGAAGCAACCAAAUUUUUCCAUACCAAGAUCUUUGUGCAUUUUAAUUGACAUAAUAACCAUUCUCAUCAUAAAUCCAAUAAUUCUUGAAUUGCAACAAAGAAUCGUGUUAUAUUUAAAGAAAUGGGACAAGAUUCUCUUCAAAUCCAAAUCGUUCUCAUUAUGAUUGCCCUGUGAUUGACUCACUUGUAUUUAAAAACCUUUUUUUUCGUGUCAAAUAAGUCUUCAAGCAGAAUAACUUAAAUUAUAUAUUAAUAUGUAUGUAUAUUAAUAAAAUAGUCUGUAAUUCUACAAUUAGUUAUUCAGAAAA